AAAUCAAAAGCGGAAGAGAAAAUCAAGUUUGGUAUUUGAAAAUAUCAAAACUAGCGUUGGCUUUUGCAAUUAUCAGAUCAAAACCACCAGAGAAGAGUUGCAAAGAAUACACUGAGCACCUUGCCAAAACUAUAGCCAAGCAAGAUUUUGGAUGGAAGUCAAAAGUUGAAGCACUGGAAGCUGAAGUGCUUUGGUUACGUCAGGAACUUCUUUUGAACAAGAUCUGCCCGAGAUUCUGCUUGGAACGUGGAAAACUAGAUGCCUCUGCUGAAACUCUUCUGGAUCAGGAAUGUACAAACCCUGUGAGUUACUCAAGCCAGCUAGAAGACUCUGGAUGUGAUGUCUCUAAUGACUAUGCGUUCAAUUCUUUAGGCGUAGCUUCUGAUUUUCACCAACCCGAGCAUAACACCAACACUUCUAAGCAGUGGUUGGAAAGGGUUCUCCCACUGAAUCUUUGCAGUGCUAGCAAGGAGGGAUCUCUGACUGCUCCAGUGCAGUUUUUGCAACAUCUACUUGAAAUAAAAAAACUGUCAGAAGGAGGAAUUCUUAAAGCAGACUUCGCAGAGCUUGAGAAGGAUUCUUUCACCAUAUGCAAUUCAGUGUCUCAGCUGCUUGAUGGACUGACCAUUUUUUAUAACAGUCCUAAAUUUCCAGUUUCAAAUUUUCUUACUGAAGCGGUUUGUGUUUUGAUCAAUUUAAUAACUGAUACAAAAUUAUCUAAUCACGUUUUGAAGAAGUGUUUCAAGAAGUUGGAAGAAUUUAAGAAAAAUCUAGUUCAGGUUAUUUUAAGAAACAGCAGCAUCAAUAGGAUUGUUGAAUUAAAUUUGCUCAGCAAUCUGUUGUCCUAUGUAGAGAGCUAUUUAAGUCAAAUG